GCCUCGUCUGGUCGCGGCCGUUGGCAUCCUCCGCGCGGCGCCCCGCCCGCCCCAGAUUUGGCAUUCUACACUGAGGUCGUCAUGAACUUUUUCAAACUCCUGAUGAAAAAGAAGGAACUUAUUCCUUUGGUGAUGUUCAUGACAGUGGCAGCGGGUGGAGCGUCGUCUUUUGCUGUAUAUUCCCUUAAAAAAGCCGAUGUGAUCAUUGAUCGAAAAAGAAAUCCAGAACCUUGGGAAAAUGUGGAUCCUAGCGUACCUGGAAAGCUUGUAACAAUCAACCAACAGUGGAAGCCCAUCGAAGAGUUGCAGAAGGUCCGAAAGGCAACCAGAUAACCAGUCCUGGCCUCUUUCUUCCAAAGUGCUCUAUGAGUCUAGUGGAAACACUUCUGCACAAACUGGAUUAUGGACACCAGUGUGCAGAAAUGCUUCUGCUACUUUACUAGGGCUUGCCUACAUGACUGGACUCCGAAUAAGGAAUUAUAAAGUUAUUGCAGCAAUAACCAGAGUCUAAAAAUGAGUUUCUUGCUGUAAAUUUGAAUGUUGCAUAUUGAAAUUUUUAUGUUUACAAUUCCUGACUGUUCUAAAGUGUAUAAAGAUUUGUAAAUUAGAUGAUCUAUAAUAAAGUACCAUUUGUGCAAGAUUUCUUAAAGAUUAGAUAUAUAUUUAAAUGGAGGAGAAAGUCUUAUGGGAGAAAAACAUUUUAAAGCAAAGAGAUUCAUCUUUUCAUUAAUAUUCAGUGCAAAUUUCUGUGUGAACUUUUCUUCCAAGUUUAUUCAUCCACCAGAAAUUUACCAUUAGCUUGGCUCUGUUUGGGUACAGGUGAGAUAAAGCAAUGAACAAAACCCAAGUUUUGGAGGGAGAGGAAUAAAGAGAUGGUGAGUACAAUGACGGUCAGUGAAGAAGAGCUGGGGCAUGAGACGUACGUGAGGAUUGUGUGGAAUCCUGGCUGCAAACAGGAAUGUGUGGGCGCUGACCCUGGCCCUACGUGCUCCUGUCAGUGCUGUGGAAGGGAGGUUGGACAGCACCCUACAGAGUGUGGGGCCCCUCUUUAUCUGACAAGGGUGAUGUGGAGACCAAAGGCACAGUCAAACCCAGCAUGCCCCUGGGUUCCCCUUUGUUCACUUUUUUUGUUGUUAACUUUUUGUUUUUGUUAAUGAUUUUUUGCAUACAAUUGAGAUAUAAUUCACAUACCAUAGUAUUCAUCUAUUUAAAGUGCACAAUUCAGUGGCUUGUAGUGUAUUCUCUAAGUUUUACCACCAUCUCUACCAUCUAAAUCCAGAACAGUUUUACCACCCCCAAAAGAACCCUGUGCCCAUUAGCAAUCAUUCCACAUUCCUGACCCCUCUGCCCCCAGCUCCGGGCAAACACGAAUAAACGUCCAUGCAUUUACCUAUUCCGGGCAUUUUAUAUAAAUGAAAUUAUACAUUAUGUGGCCUUUGUGUCUGGCUUCUUUAACUUAGCAUGUUUUCACCCAUGUUGUGUCAUAUAUCAGUACUGAAUUCCCCCUCGUGACUAAUAUCCUUCUGUUUAUCCACGACCUUUGUACUGUUUUUGCUUUCUGGCUGUGAGCAGCCAUGUUUUCAUGGAGCCAUGUACUUCCCGUUCGCUUGGGUAUAUUAGAUUAU